AUGGCUCGAUGGACAGCAGAGCGCGUCGGCAUUCUGGGCACCCCGCACGGACGACAGCCACGCGUGACGCUCCCGCGUGCUUCUAAACGAGCAGGACAGAUUUGGACGCCGACACUCCCGACAUCGACGCUGGUCUGUCACCGAAGGCUGGCAGCUGACGUCCAGGCGUCACCCCGCCAUCGUCCCAAUCGGGCGACCGAGCUCGAUCGCGUUGUCGAACAUGAGUGA